CAAUAAAGUCCCCGCCCCCUCCCGGUAUCAGCCCUCGUUUAACAGCGUCCUCGUCCUCGCUGACUAUGCGAACCACCACCACCGACACCGACAGCGACGCGGGGGCCGCGGGCGCGCAGCGCCUCGAGUAGCGGGGGGAAGGAACGAUGUCUCUGCGGCGCCUCUCCGUCGCCGCGGCUCUGUGCGCCGCGUGGCUCCUCUCCGACUGCACGCCGACUCAGUGCGUCGUCUGCUGCCUCUUUUGUUUCGCCGCUCCGCUGUUGCUCGCGAGGAGCCGGCGCGUGGGCAGCACUCAGACCGACGGGGGGUCGGGGGUCUGGCACCCGCUGCAGGAGCCCGUGGAGGGAGUGUUGUCCGGGGGCUUGUCCCAACGUCCCCCUGAGCCGUCCGAGUCCCAGUACCCACUCGUGAAGACGUCCCUGCAGCAAGUGUUCGAGUGCGCCUACGCCCAGCUGCUCCUGCCCUGGUACGGCGUCUCGGAGCCUCGCCGGCGCCAGCCCCUGCACCAGGUGCUCAGCGGGGAGCUGGACUUCGUGUUCGACCGCGUCAUCCGGCGAGCCGAGGGCUUCGACGUCUGCCAGGCGGCCGUGGGCUGCGUUCGGAUUUUGACUCAGCACUUGCAUAACGCGAAGCAGUCUGACAGGGAGGCCUCGUUGAGCUCGAGGGCGGAGGAGGUCGCUGCUCUCCGCAAGUGUUCCGACGCUCUGGUGCGUAACCUUUUCCACGAAGCUCUCUGGAGCCACGAGGUCAACCGCUGUGCCUUGACUGAGAUCAUUGCCUUAAAGGGGCUCGGUCUGCUGGUGACGUGGCUGUCGGACCCCGACACCCUGAACCAGCUGGUGGUGAGCCAGCUGGACAGCGCGACCCCGACGGGCUCCGUGGAGGAGCUUUGUGGAUCCGACUCGGAUCGAACCUCUCCGGCUUCAGAGGAGGGCGAAGGCAGGGACGGGAGCUCGCAGGGAGCAGCGAUUUCAACCGGCACCGGACUCUCAACCAAAAGGAAAGCAAACAAGUUAAAAGAAGGAUGGUCUAAAUUUGUGGACAAGGUGAAGUGUAAGCCGGAGAAGGACAAGAAGAAAAUCAAGAAGAAGAAGCUGAAGACCGUGGAGCAGGAGCUGAUCGUCAGGGUCAUGUCGAUGCAGGGAGACGCGUCCAGCGACUGCUCCGUGGGCAGCAGGGACGGCUCCGUCCUCAGCAUGCAGGACUCCGACAGGGACGACAGUGAUCUGGAAGACUACUUGACCAGCGUGAAGGAGAACAUGAUGGAAUUCAAGCUCUCGUACGAGAUGUGGCGCGUCGGCCGCUGGGCUGUCAGCAUCCCUCACGCCGACUGGGAGGAAGAGGAGCUGAUCUUCACCGUGCACCUGGAGGAGGAGAAAAGCCCCGAGAACCUUCAGUGGGACAUCAGGAAGACCUACAUGGAUGUCGUACACUUCCGCAACAGAUGGCAGGACUCAACCAGUUUACCCACAAUCCUGGUGCUCGAGGGGUCGGAGGGCGAGGGCAAGGAGGAAGCCAGAGUAUCAGUGGAGCAAUUUCUGCAGGCGUUGGUGUCAGAUAAUCUCAUCGGCCUCACCCAACCGGUUUUCCAGUUCCUCUGUCCUCUCGACAAACUGCUGAAUGAGGAAGAACUCAACGGGGGCGUGUGGGGCCUCCUGAGCGGCUUGGCUUACUUCCUGACUCCUGGUCAGGAGGAAGAGGAGAGCUCGAGCCCCAAAGAAACGGCAAGACUAGAAACCCCCGGUGCCUUUACCGAGGAAGGCGGUGAAGUUCCUGGUUCCUCCAUCCCGACCUUUGUGAUCUCCCAGCAUGGUUCUCCUCCUCCGGAAUGGCCUGAAGGAGCAGGAGCUCCCUGCCCUGUCGCCUCCGACUCUCAGAGCGGAAACGCUUCCAAGGACAAAACAGAGGACUCUGAUAAUGUCUUGACCUUUCACCUAAGGAAUAUCUUCAAAGGACUGACCCGAUCCAGGUCGCAAGAGUCUCUGGCCUCGACGAGGAACGCCAGCGACGAAGACCCGCCCGAUUCCGACCCGUCGCCCCACAGCGGCCGGAGCGAGAGGCCGGAAGGCCUGUCGCUGCUUCACUUCAGUGGCUGGUCGAACAAAAAAGAGAGGCCGUGUUUCAAGCUCCCCGGCGGUGGUGGCGCUGCCAAGACGAAGGGGAAGCAGCCGGGCACUUUGCCAAGAGGCGAGGACUCCCAGUGUCAGAAGAGCCAAGUCAACUGGGAGCAGCUGGAGGCCACCAAAGCCAUCUUUGAUCUGCUCAAAGAAAUAUCUGGGAACUCCAUCCUCAUAAACAUAUUCGAUGCCAUUUUGAAACCUGUUAUGCCCAUCUUGAAAAAAAAAGUAAACUCUUUCCUGAACAAGAUGAACCCGACAGAGGUGCAAAUGGCCGCAUUAAUAGACGCCAUGCGGGAAAAACAGUGGCCAGAUAUUAAGCCGGCUGCUCCUCCUGCUCCUCUUCCUCCUCGCACUGACGAGCAGAAGAACGAGACGAGGGAACGAGCGCACAACCUCAUCAACGCCAAAUAUUCAAACUAUCUUGUCCUGAAGAAAACGGACGUGGAGACGGUUUUUAAUAUUUUUCAGAACCGUAAAGAAAACCAACUGCUGCUCCAUAUGCUCCUGACAUUCCUCUUGAAAGAAUUUCUCCCCAAUGAGGAUUCCCUAAAUGUAAGUGCCGCUGCCCCAGAGAAAGUGACCAAGUCCACCAACUGAUCUGUGGAUCCCUGAAUGUGUUUUAAUGGUACUUUCUCAAUUUAUUUUUAGAAUAUAAAAGUAUUUAUUAAACAGCCUUAAAAUAUGAUAUCGCUGUCAAACAUUACUGUAAUUUUUACCUCGAACAUCAAAUGUACUGUUAAUAUUUCUGUGAAUUUCCUUUUUUUUUUUUUUUUGUAUAAGUGAACUUGUAAGUUUGAAAUCACAAACCUUCUUUUUUGAGACCCAGCUGCAUAUUGUAAAAAGGAGAGAACCGUAUUUCAUUACUUUUUGGAUUGCACUGUUCACAUCUUGAUGUAAAACAAUUUUUUACAUUUUCUAAAAGAACUUGUCACUUUGAGCACUUUUGCGAGGUGAGUGUUUAUUUUCUAAACUUUUAGGCAUAACGUUUUAUGCAACAUGUCUGUACAAUUAUCAAACCAUCUUGUAAAAGAAAUAAAAUAUUUUAAUACUUC